GUCAUUCGCUAUUUAUAUUAAACCAAGCUCAAUUCUCACUCAGUGGACGAAACAAAUCGAUUGAUUUAUCCUUUAUUUAAAAAAAUGCGAAAUCGUGUCUUUGCGUUUAUCGUUUCCUUGUGCUUUCUUCUGCUGCCGAUCGACGAGAUAUCGGGGGAAAUCGAAAAUGUAUUAGACGAAUCUACAAAGUAUGAAAAAUCGAUUUUUCCAGGAAAUGAUGAAAAUAAUUCAACAUCAUCGAACGAAGAGUCGAAUAAUUUAUCAGAGGCAGCGGGGCUGAACGAAGAUAGAAGCAAUCGUGACAAAGAUGCCAAUUCACGGAAGGCGGACGAUUCGGUUCGUCAAGUUCGGUGCUCGGAUUACGUGUUGACGGAGGAAAGGUUGAAAGAGAUCAGAUCCGAGUUCAUGUACUGGUUCUUCGACAGAGGGGGUGACAAUAACGAGGGCGAUUAUCUGAAGGAAAUUCAAGCCUGGACAUCUCAAACGAAUAAGAAUUUCAGUUUUCAACUGCCCUUCUUCGGAUUCAGGUUCAAUUACACUAGAGUAUCCAUAAACGGUUACUUAGAGUUCACCGAUCCCCCACAACAUUACACGUAUCCUCUUGUGUUUCCAGUCAAAUGUUGGCCGAAGGAGAACGAUCCCAGUUUCAUAGGGAUAUUUUUCAGCAAAUGUCGCGUAGGGGAAAUACGGUCGACGGACAGAGAUCAGAGAAAGCCAGGUGUAUACUUUAGGAUCGAACGAGAUUUACGAACGAGGAGAGACCAAUUCGGGGUCGAGAUGCGCGAACGUCUCAUGUGGGACGUUCGCGAAGGUAUGAUCGGCGCCGAAGCUUUCGUGCCGAAACACGCGAUCACCGUCACGUGGAAAAACGUAUCGUUCACGGGUGGUAUCGACAAAUCCCUUUACAUCACCAACACUUUCCAAAUAGUCCUAGCGACCGACGAGGUGAACACGUACGCGAUGUUCAAUUAUCCGGACGUUCAAUGGACCAGUCACACGGAGACAGGUGGCGACACCGUGCACGGCGAUGGCGGCAUUUCAGCAUUCGUUGGUUUCAACGCCGGAAAUGGCACAGGAAGCUACGAGUACAAGCCUUACUCUCAAACGCCGCGCAUACGUGAUCUAACCAGAGCAGGAUGGGUAAACGGUUUUCCAGGACGACACAUGUUCAAGAUAGACGAAAAAAUAAUUCCUGCAAUUUGCAGUUGAUAUAUUAUAUAUUAUAAAA